AUGUCUGCCAGUCAAGGGAACCACAUCGUCUGUGUGGGUGCUGUCUAUAUAGAUACCAUCCUGACUGUCCCGCACUUUCCCAUUGAAGAUGAGAAGUUGCGCGCUAAAAGCAUCACGCGAAGAAGAGGUGGGAACACAGCAAACAGUCUGGAGGUGCUGUCACAACUGCUAGAGCACGACAGAGCCUCUGCAACCCCCCCGGUUUUGACAAACCUGCAUCUGAUAGCAGUACUUCCGAGCGAACAAUCUGCAGCCUCCCAUUUUAUCUUCGAAUCUCUUCCAGGUGUGAACAUAUCUGAGUGUAGUUUGUUCCGAACAGACCACCAAGAAGCCGCCUCUAGUUACAUCAUCCAAAGUGAAGCAAAACGCUCAAGAACGAUUGUCAGCAUCAAUGAGCUCCAAGAGAUGCAGGUCUCUGAAUUUUGCCAAGAAGUUCAGGAGUUUACCAGAAUGAAUGUGGAACAGGUUUGGGAAAAGGCGUGGUUCCAUUUCGAAGGGCGAAUUCCAGAGGUUACACAUUCCUGUGUCAAGUUCUUGCGCAAAGACUACCCCCACUUCAGAAUAAGCGUGGAGUGUGAGAAGCCCGAGCGUACAGAAAUGGCAGAGGUCGCAAAGCUCGCCGAUGUGGUAUUCUAUUCGAAGCUCUGGGCAGAAAAGAGCGGGUUCACAGAUGCAAGAAGCUUUCUUGAAGCACAGCGCGCAGACAAGCAGGACGGCACAAUGAUUUGUUGCACAUGGGGUUCUGGAGGCGCCAUGGCAGUCAAAAAAGGAACUGACGAGUCUUGGGCGGAUGUCAAGGCAUGGCAACCGCAGAAAGACGAGCCCACUGACGUUGUCGAUACGAUCGGUGCUGGAGACACUUUUAUCGCUGGAAUGCUUUUUGCUCUUAACAACCAUGAUGAAUGGGUACUCCAGCGUAAACUGGAAUUCGCAAAUGAGCUUGCGGGACGCAAGGUUUUACAGGAGGGCUUCGGUAAUCUGGGUGUCAAAAUGUGGUAG